CCCAGCUGUCACACAAACACGCGCUCCUCAUGCAGACGGAGUCGGACAUCUACUGGAAAGAGUACUGCGACUUCAAUAACAAAUCGACAUUAACAGGGAACUGACCUGUUCUUCCGUUGCUGUAGAAGACAAAUCAAACAAGUCAGCGGAUUCUUGCUUUAACCUUGUUUGGAUAACGUUUGGGGCCCACAGAGUCGCAGAAAUGAGUCAGUGGUUGGAGCUUCAACAACUGGAUUCAAAGUUUUUGGAACAGGUCGACCAACUGUAUGAUGACAGCUUUCCAAUGGCCAUCCGGCAGUACCUCAGCAGCUGGAUAGAAAGCCAUGACUGGGACCAUGUCGCUAAUGUGGAGAAUGAGUCUUUGGCCACCGUGAGGUUUCAUGAUCUUUUGACCCAGUUGGAUCACCAACACAGCCGCUUCGCGAUGGAGAAAGACUUCCUGAACCAGCACAACAUCCGCAAGAUCAAGAGGAACUUGCAGAGCCUCUUCCAAGACAAUCCUGUUUCCAUGGCGAUGAUCAUCAGUAGGAACCUUAGCGAGGAAAGGAAGAUUCUGGCCGCUGCCCAAGUGUCAGAGAAUCGAACCGAAAACACCCAAAACGAUAUGAUCGUGGAGAAACAUCGAGAAAUGGAUGGAAGGGUGAAAGAGAUAAAGAUGAAAGUACAGGACACAGAGCAGAUUAUCAAAAAUCUAGAAGACCAGCAAGACGAAUACGACUUCAAGAGCAAAACUCAUCAAAGCAGAGAGGAACUGAACGGAACCAUUUCAAAGGAAGAUUUGAACCGGGAGAGACUGACUAUCCAUGCCAUGUUUAUGAAACUCAACGACACAAGAAUGAAUGUGAUCAGUCAGAUGUCAGAGGUGUUGAACAUUAUGGAUCCAGUGAUCUUUGAGCUAAUCUCAACAGAACUGGCUGAAUGGAGGCGUCGUCAACAGAUGGCUUGCAUCGGUGGAGUAACCAAUGCCUGCUUGGACCAGCUGCAGAACUGGUUUACUUCUCUAGGAGAAUCUCUUCUUCAGCUCAGGCAGCAGCUCAAGAAACUUCUGGAGCUGGAGCAGAAAUUCACAUACGACAAGGAUCCCAUCACCCUCAGCAGAAGCACUCUGGAGGACAGGAUCAUGUUAAACCUCAAAACUCUCAUCACAAACUCCUUGGUAGUCGAGCGACAGCCAUGCAUGCCGACCCAACUGCAAAGACCUUUGGUGCUCAAGACGGGCAUUCUGUUCACCCUCAAAUUACGGCUGCUCAUAAAACUUCAGGAAUUUAACCACACUGUUCGGGUGAAGGUGCAAUUCGACAAGGAUAUCGUUGAGAAACGGAAAGGGUUUCGCAUGUUCAACAUCUUGGGAACGGCCAUGAAGGUGAUGAACAUGGAGGAAUCCAAUGGGAUGGCAGCAGAAUUCCGUCAUCUGCAACUGAAAGAGAAGAAAGUUACCGGAAACAGAACAAGUGAGGGCCCUCUGAUCGUCACAGAGGAACUUCACUCCAUCACCUUUGAGGCUGAGCUGUGCUGGUCUGGAAUGGUCAUGAACUUUGAGGCCACGUCUCUGCCCAUAGUCGUGAUCUCAAACGUCAGUCAGCUACCCAGUGGAUGGGCCUCCAUCAUGUGGUACAACAUGCUGACUUCUGAGCCAAAGAACCUUUCUUUCUUCGUGACUCCUCCUUCAGCCACGUGGGGGCAUCUAGCGGAGGUGCUGAGCUUGCAGUUCUCCUCCAUCACCAAAAGGGGGCUUAAUCAAGAACAGUUAAGCAUGCUGGGUACUAAACUCCUGGGUCCUAAAGCGGCGAUGGAUCCUGAAGCUCAGAUUCCUUGGAACAGAUUCUGCAAGUCUGGCAGUGAGAAGAACUUCACCUUCUGGCUGUGGAUUGAAGGAAUUCUGGACCUUAUAAAGAGACACCUGCUGAGUCUGUGGGACGAUGGCUGUAUAAUGGGGUUUGUGACCAAGGACCGAACUAAAGCUCUGCUCUAUGACAAACUUCCCGGGACGUUUCUGUUGCGCUUCAGCGAGAGCAAUCGCGAUGGAGCCAUUACGUUCAGCUGGGUUGAACACAAUGCAAACGAAGAGCCACAGAUUCGCUCCGUGGAGCCCUACACGAAGAAGGCUGCCGACAACGUCCCGGAAAACCCUCUGCGCUUCCUAUUUCCCAGUAUAGCCAAAGAUGACGCCUUCAAAAAAUACUACUCCAAACCUACCGACAAGCAAGAACCAAUGGAUGUAGACAAGAAGUUACAUGAGGGAUACAUCAGCACCACUCUCAUCUCCAUCUCUGAAAUGCAGCCGCAAGACUUUAACACCACACUCAUGCCAAUGUCACCUGAGGUUUAUGGCGAGCUGGAACGCAUGAACAGAUUCGAUACAUUAAAUUUUGAGCCCUCAGACUUAAGUCUCUCUUAAGUGACCUGAAAGGACAGAUGAUGCAGAAAAGUAGAAAUGUUUCCUUCGUUCAGUGUUUUUUUCUUGUAAUAACGCAAAUGAAAGGGGAACAUCUAGUCGAGGUAUAGCCACUGGUUUUGGUAGUCCUCUUUUUCAUUCUAGCGUUAUUAGAAAGACACUGUCUACGCUGUCAGCUAUAGCAUAAAGACAACCAAAUUAACCCCCUUAGUAACGCUGUUACCGCCGCACUUAUUCUAGAAACCUUUUUAGACGGUGAAGUUGUGUAUGAAAGCACUUCAGAUGCCAAGUAACUGAAAAGGGUGAAGAAAGUGAAUGAAAAAGCUAGAUGGAUGAAUUUCACACAAACUUAUUUUCUGUAAAGAAAAUGAAACCUAUUUUUAGGACUAUUUAGUUUAAUCCACAUUUUCUUUACAGUAAUGCAAACAAAUAUUUAAUUUAAAUUAAUGUGAAUAAAACUAUUUUAAUUUGAAAACAUUUACAUAACAGCAGUGUAUGUCGUACCAACUUUAAUUAUUGUAGUACAGGAAUUCGACUGUAAUAAAAAAAUAACUGUAUUAGUCAUAAAAUACAUUAUGAGAAUAAUGGGAAUGAACAUUUACACAUUAUUGUAAAUGGGAGAGGAAAUGUGCUGAACUGUCAUAAAAAAAAAAAGACAAUGCAAAAAAUAAAACAGAAAUGGUCCUAAAAUAGGCUUUUUAAGAUCCUAAGUUUACGUUUCCUUUGUUUGGUUUUGGGGUCAAACACCCCAAAGAUUCAUCCAGAAAGAACCAUGAAAUACAGGAGUUCAGGUCUGAUUAAACCUUUUAAGCUGUUAGAUGUUUACUUUCCAAACACUGUUUCUAAAUAUGUGAAGAAAAAAAAAUUCAGUUUUCUUAAGAUUCUUCAUAACCUGCUGGUGCUCUAUUAGUAUUAUGUUCACUUUAUGUGCCGCUAUGCUUAUUUACAGAGCAAUAUUUGUUUUUGUCUAAUUUGUUUUGGACAUGAUAGAAAGUUAUUAAAGUGGGAAUCCACCUCAUUUGGAAUGCCUUCAAAAUUUGCACCUUAAAAACUUUCAGCACAGAUUAGCAAUAUGAAAAGGCUGCAUACAUUGGUGAAAGAAAAAUACUGUAUGAACGUGUGGAAAAAAAACAGAUAAACAUUACAAAAAUUUACAUAUUAAUGUCUGUCCGAUGCAUGUACGUACAGUUCGCUACAAGAUAAGAAUAAUGAAUAUCAAAAGCUAUGCAUGUUCAAAGUCUUUAUUGUUUUUAUCUAGCAUUUGUGUGGAAUAUAUUAAUUAGUAUGGAAAUUAAAUUCGAACAAUUAAAAUCUAGAACAUCUACAGAAUGGCAUAGUUAAAUAAUAAAAGCAAAUUAAAGGAAAUUUCACAACAACAAUGAAAUACAUUCAUAGCAGUAAUGAAAAAAAAAAUGCAGGAAAAAAAUCGUAACAGCUUUCUCCGCAAAAACAAGAAAUUGCACAAUGCAAAUAAAAUUGGCUAAAGUGCAACACGAAUGAAGUUGGAUACAAUUUGUGAUCUACUUUUGUUUGUACUGUUUUUUGGUUGUGUUGCUUCAAUUUUUUUGUAAUAAAUAACAAAUUGUCCACAGUUAAGCAUGUACAUCCACACACGCACACAUUACAAAACACAUUUACAAUACUUUAACAACAGUGUCCCACUAGAAAAAAUUCACAUAGUUGAGAUUGACUUAGCUUUGGAGGUUUUUCAAGUAUAUGCGUGCCUCUUUGUCAUCCGUACUGUAUAUUAGAACAAUCAAUGUGCUUUUCCGCAUACAACAUGUGCUUAUAGAAACCAACUGCUUCUGAAGGGACUUCACCAAGCUACACAACUGACGGGAUUGUUUAGACUGCAUUUUGUCCAUAGCAAUCAGCGUUAAUGCCAGUGCAUUUUUGUUUAUUUUCGACUUUCAAUCUUACUUGUCAUUUCACCAUGUACUGAGAAUAAAAGAAAAUGUGACAUUUU